UGAGUCAGACUGCACACCUGUUGAGCCUGGGGGGCAGACACCUGAGGAGGAAACACUCACACACUGCUGGACGGGGCGGGACCGGCAGGUGAGUCCGGUAGACCUCCGAACACCUGAGGCCGGACAGGGCGGGACCGGCAGGUGAGUCCCGUAGACCUCCAGACCCGGAAGAGCGACUCGACUGCACGUUCAGGUCCGGUCUCAGGUGAGCUGGUCUCCUGCAGGUUGAAGUCCCUGCCGUGACCCAUGAGCAUGCAGCCCCGCGGCCUGCAGCAGCAGCUGGAGGCCCAGUUCAGCCUCGUGUUCUCCAGGCUGCAGUUCUUCCAGUCGGACUGGGACAUCGCCUCGUUUGCAGUCUUCUUCAUCUUCAUCGGUAUGAUCCUGCUGCUGCUCAUCCUGGUCCUCGUACGCUGCUGCUGCUGCUGCUGUGACGAAGAGAAGCCUCGCAGACGGAAGGUGGGCGUAGAGAACAUGUCCCUGGAGCCCUGAGGGCCCUGAGGGUCCAUGGCUCUGGAGGCGGAGCCUGUAAUUUGACUUUAAUGUAGCUGGUCACCAGUCGGCUGAUUUAGUGCACACACACACACACACACACACACACACACAGUCAUUGUUCACGAGUCACUUAUGUAAAUCUACCAUGCGUGAUCCUCUUCACUGCUGCUGUUGCUAGGAUACCACUUCCUCCUGUAAUGUUUAACUUAGUAAUAAAUAUGUAUAUAAAACACUU